UUGGCGAGGAGACAGAAGUCACUUCUGAUAUUUGUCAUCGGUGAACUGAUCUGAAGUCUGCCAGGAGAAGGCGGGACUCAUUUAACUGGACUCACUUUUUUUUGUUAUUGUUGUGCAGCAUCUCUGCAACUGCAAGUGUUUACUUUCACCCUUACACUGGUUUUUAAAACAAACCUGAAGAUGCCGACCGGUACUUUGGAAAGAACGUCUCCAUCCGCUGUGGCUGCCAUUCCGUCAACUGGGGACUCCACACCCGAAAAACCCCGGACUCUGACAGAGACCAGGAAGUCCUCCAAACCGAUCAUGGAAAAACGGAGACGUGCGCGCAUCAAUGAGAGUCUGGGCCAGCUGAAGACCCUCAUCCUGGACGCACUCAAGAAAGACACUUCCAGACACUCCAAACUGGAGAAGGCAGAUAUUCUAGAGAUGACCGUGAAACACCUCAGGAACCUGCAGCGACUUCAGAUGACUGCUGCUGUGAACACAGACCCAUCUGUCCUGGGUAAAUACAGAGCUGGGUUCAGUGAGUGUAUGGGAGAGGUCACCCGUUUCCUGUCUACCUGUGAGGGGGUGAACACAGAGGUGAGGACUCGCCUCCUCAGCCACCUGGCGUCCUGCGUGACCCAGAUCAACACUGCCAACUUUUACGGACCUCACCCGGGCUCUCUUGGACUUGGCCAGACCAACGCACAGAAUCCAGCUGCUCCAGCCCCACAGAUGCCUUGCAAAAGUGGCCCAGUGAUGCAUGUUUCCCCAGAGGCGAUGAAGCUCUAUGGCGGCUUCCAGGUUGUGCCAACGCCAGAUGGACAGUUCACUUUCCUUGUUCCCAGUGCGGCUCUCAUACCUCUGAGUGCACAAAACAGCCACCACAUGUCACAUGUUGCACCUCCGGUCACCUCAGACUCUGUGUGGAGACCAUGGUAGAAAGUCAGCUCAACAGAUUGUGGGGGGGAGAUGGACUAUCACUCAAUAAUACAUAUUUUUGUACAUUUUGUAAAUGUUUUUUAAAACCUACUUGAGAGGGAUGUUUACACACAUUUGUGUUUUUUAUAUGGACAUUAGGAGAUAUUCUUGGCCUUUUUGCUCUCUGUUUUUGAUAUGGCACAAUUCAUUUGCCUCAGGAGGUCAAGGAUAUCGUUGAAAAGCUCUUGAAAAGCACUGUAUUUUUUUUUUAGAUGAAUAAAAUGUUUCUAUGAUGUUUACAAUAA